GCGCACUAGAGUGCGCUUUAAAACAAGUCUUGAGGAGGGAACAUGAAGGUACUUUACUGUCUCACUUGAAACGCAGUCGAGCUGCCGUGGCGCUGCUUGAUCAUGAGAAGCCGUUAUGACUCUCCGAUCUAAACCGAGCGCAGGCUUCAAGAACAACGCGGACACCGUCGACAUUGGCCACAGACACGUUGGGGUGAACACCGUGUGUCCUGUGAGCAUCAAGAGGGAGCCCUGCGACUUUAUUAUCGAUGUGCAAAAGGGCGAGAUCCCGAACAUAUCCAAGGACCUAGACCAGAUUUAUAUGACCAGCAAAGUUGCUGUCGGUGCCACAGUUGCAGAAAUAGUUCAAGUAGACAAAACGGUGGGGAUACUGUCCCCUGUCAGACCAAUGGGGGGUGAGGGAACCCCGGUGAAAGGUAAACCCCUCUCUGUCGACAACAUGGAUAAUCCUCAUAUGGCUGUGAACAAUAAUCCUAAGGAUGCUGGUCCUGGAGACAGCGUGAAGGGGGUUGUCCCUGGAGUCCUGGGCACUGCAUCCAUUGAACUCUCCUCUGAGGGCAAGUGGAGGAACAUCAGGAAGACCCCCGCCAGUCCCCAAGCACAGGCCAACUGCCUCCGUCAGAUCCUCCUCCUCCAGCUGGACCUCAUUGAACAGCAGCAACAACAGCUGCAAUCCAAGGACAAGGAGAUAGAUGAGCUCAAAGCUGAUAAAGAGAUGUUACUUGCACGCAUUGAGCGUAUGGAACGUCGCCUCCAGCUCACGAGGAAGGACCCGCCACGGGACAAGCGCCUUUUCCAGCCUCUGGAGCCGUGGACCCCUGACAAGGAGGACAUGUGGGAUUUGGAAAUAGAGGAGAAUUCACAGCCCAACCUUUCCACUCCCAACCAGUUCAACCGCGAAGGCAAAGGCCAAAAAAGGAAGUCUUGCUUCGGAGAUGCAAAAGCUCAGAAAUCACGGGGUAAAAGUGCGAAGCUUAGCCCCCAGAAGUCCGAACUCGAGYCCGGUUCUCCCAACCAAAGAGAGCUGCGCAGUAAGGAAACCCCCGAGAAGAUGAUCACGGUCCGGUCGAGUCCGGACAGUUUGCUCCCGUGCAAAGAGGAGCCGGAGCUGAGCUGCCAGAUGGAAGACCUGCCCUUCAUGUCGACCACAGAGAUGUAUCUGUGUUGCUGGAACCAGCCUCCGCUCUCCCCUCUGCGGGAAACUUCCCCUAAAAAGGAGGAAGAGGUGGCCAGUGAGUGGACUCCCCAUGUAGUACAUGAUAUGCUGAUUGUUUUUCCCUCUUGGAGGGAAAACUGCAUAGAGCCCCUGGAUGAGGACUCUUUGUGUGAGCCGCUGGACGACGGCGUGUUUUUGAAACGCCACGCGAAGCUGGAGUUGGAUGAGAAGAGGAGAAAAAGGUGGGACAUCCAGCGAAUCAGAGAGCAGCGCAUGUUCCAGCGUCUGCAACAGCGCAUGAACAGGAAGAAGGUCGUCCAGGAGUCGGAGCCGGAGCUGUCCUCCUUCUACCCCGACACAGAAGACGUCGAAGCUAUAGUGAUCACUCCGUUCCUGCCCGUGGUCGCGUUCGGCCGGCCGCUUCCCAAACUCUCUCAACAGAACUUCGAGCUGCCGUGGCUGGACGACCGGAGCCGAUGUCGCAUCGAGGUGCCGAAGAAGCACACGCCUCAUCGGACCUGUCGGAAGUAAAAACAAAACCAGCGGAGAGUUUCUGCUCAAAUCGGAUACAUACGUUUUUGUUUUCACCUCAUGGGGGGAGAAGCUCAACACGUCGCCACAGAUCAGCUGGGUUUUUUUUUAAGUCGACGCAUCAGCAGCCGUUGACCUGGGAGUUGGGGGCGUGUUCUGUAACAUGUUUGAGAUGUGUUUUGUUCAAGCUGUGCUUUAAAAAAAAAGGUUCAGAUCACUCCAAGUUGCAGUUUUAAUGAUCUCAUAAUUGAGAAACCUGCAUUCAGAGCGUGCAGGAGAAGCUAUUUGUCAUGGUUUUGACACAAAAAGCAGUUUAAUCUCUUCUUAAACAUUCAAGCUUGGUGUUCUUGCUGUGUGUAGCUUUAGCACGCUCAUUCUCUCUGCUUUCGUGGACAAAACAGUCAAAAUCAGACUACCGUGCUGUGUAUCGGUCAUAGUGUUGUUUGCACACAGAUUUUAAUAAGAUUUUAUCAAUGUUCAUUGUGAUAUUGGGGAUUUGGAGUCAGCAUGAUUACAUAAAUACAAACAUUUGUUGUAAGGAUGCAAUUAAACGACAGAAGAAUGCUGGUUGGGCGUCAGCAUGAUGAUAAAAACACGUCCAGGUGGCUCUAACCUCAGCGAUCUGAUCCCUGGUUUAGUUUUGGUUUUUAUGUGWGCUGCAUGGAUUCUGUUAAAAACAAGAUGGUAGCAUGGCUUGACCCCAGAAUGGAGAACUUUCUCUGCUCAUUCGGGCUUCAAAAUCUACAAAAUAUUCUAAGCAUGACUUUUUGAAAAAAAAAAAAAAGUAAAAUAAAAGUAUAAAAAGCAGUUUUAUUUUUUUUAUUUUUUGCUGCUUUGCUCAGAACUGCAGGCUGAAAUAUAAAGUGUUUGUAUUUCCGAGCUUCCAUCCAGUAAAAUGUUAGGCGAGUUGUGUGCACGAGACAUUUUUAGAUGAUUAAUAAGCUUUCUAGCUGUAGUUCUCUCUUCUUUCACCUGUUUGCUCCCAAACCUGUUGACCUGUUGAUUUAUUCCAGCAGGCAGUUCUUCCUCCUUCUGUUUGAGGCAACAGUUUUAAAAGAAACCACCAGGUGUCUCUAGAGUUCAGAAAUACAAAUAUGUUUUUGUUUUCAACUGUACAUAGCUUUCAGUUAUAAAAUGUACAUAAAACAUGGCUGUUAUUUUUUUAUUAUUUAAUGUUGGAAGUGUUCAGUACAUUCAACAUUGUUCUAUAAUUGUAUGUUGACAGUUUUGAAAGUUUAAAAAAAACUUUUUUUUUGAAUAAAUCUAAUGUUUAUGAUGCUU